GAGUUCAUUUCCUGUGUCUUACCUCUGAAAGCGCUCUGUUGGUUCAGGCGUUUUGUUAAAUCAGCGCAACUGUUCUUAAUUGUAUUUUAAACAUGGCUGAAACUAUUCAAAAGAAGCUGCAGACAGAACUCGAACAGUACCAACAGAUCCAGAAAGAUCUCAGUAAGACCAUGUCUGCACGGCAAAAGCUGGAGGCUCAACUCACAGAGAACAAUAUUGUUAAAGAAGAGCUUGAUCUUUUAGAGGCUGAGAAUAUGGUCUACAAGCUGAUCGGACCAGUUCUUGUAAAGCAGGACCUGGAGGAAGCAAAAUCAACAGUAGCUAAGAGGCUAGAAUAUAUCACAGGAGAGAUAAAGCGUUAUGAGUCUCAGAUGAAGGAACUGGAGAGGAAAUCCGAUCAACGGCGAGAAGUCCUAGCAGCACUACAGCAGGAGUUCCAAAAGAGUCAAAACAAAACGGCUGUCAAGAUUUAGCAGCUGUUAAGGCACAGACCCUCGCACACAAACUUUACACAGCAUAGUACAUGCAAACCACUGCUUUUACUGUGCAUUUCCAAGCAGCAUCACUAUGUUAAUGUAAGUUUUCAUAUGCCAUAAAGACUUUAUUUAUGCACUUCAUGCAUAGAUGGCACUCACCAGAAUUUGUGUUUAUAUGAUCUUAUGGUAUAUGUUGAAAUGUACAUUUUAAAACAGAUUGAACCCAUGUAACAUUAGUGUGUACUGACAAAAUGUAAAGUGGAUUUUCUUUCUCUUGACUGAAGACAUGAUUGAAAUAAGUUUACGUUUAAAUGGAAAAAGACUGCUUGCAUAUAUUUUCCCAUUUUGCAAUUGGAUAUGGCAUGUUCCUGGUGACUAUAUUUUAAAAUAUUAAAUAUUUAAUAUUCAGUCUAGGGGUCAAUUUCAAAUAAAACCUGUUUGGAAAAAUC